UUUCCUUCCCCUUUCCUCCCUUCCAUUGGCAUCCCCACCGCUGUCAUCGUGUUAGAGUUUGUGCAGCUCAAAACAUACGCGGAUGGAGGCUUCUAUACCACACCUGUCUUUCAUCGCGGCCGUAGACCUCUCAGAGGAGGCACGAUUCCUCUAUAUAUCAGAGUCAAUAUGCGAUAUUCUAGGUUAUGAACCACAUGAGUUGCUUGGCACACCCUCAGUGAAUCUCAACCAUCCAGAGGAGAACCUUCAGGUAGUAGCACUUCACUGUGAUACAGUACGAAAAGACAAGGCUGCCGCUAUUGCAUACAUAAGGCUUCGCCAUAAAGACGCGUCGAAAGGAUACGUCAUGUGUGUUACUACUCGGACAGUGGCACAUGAUGUGCUGGUUGGUAGCGUGUCGAUCGCGAUGAUGGGACCGAAAGCCAUGCAUUAUGCGUCGACGGCACAAGAAGUGAAGAUCGUCACCCCUGCUGCCUGGCGCUUCAAUAUUCAUAGAUGGAUCACACACAGCAGCCUCAUCCUACAAGCGGCUUCACAUAUCUCAGCGAAUGAUUUCCUGCCACGCCAGCAAUAUGGAAGCGAAGGAGAUGCCCCGUCAUUUAGACCUUCGAACGUCAUUGAAGAUUCGCAUCCAACCCCAUCGUCUCCUCAAAUAUCGCUCGGUACUCUCGUUGCCCCUAUUUUACCCUCACCUGCCCAAUCCACCCGAAUGGCCUUGAUCCUAGACCGCUUCUCCCUCGACUGUCACAUCCUCUACUGCUUCAAUAAUCCCUUCUUACGAAUCGGUACUCUCGCCGGGCUCAGCUUCUUCGACUUUGUCGCAGCCAGGGAUGAAGAGUUCGUUCGCAGUCUGAUAAUGACGGUCAAAGGAUGGGGUGUCAAUGAGCUUGGGCAGCCUAGUGAUGGAGGGUUCGGGUUUGGGAGAUUUCAUUUGUGCCUCACGAGACGGGGCUUGAGCACGGGUUUACCGGGUCUUCGACCACCACGACGGCUGCGACCACGUAGAGGCAUCAACACAUCGACCCGAUUCAUUUACGAUGGCCGGUCUCAGAUCAAUACGGACCAAGACAAUGAGGAACUACUUGUGGACGCUAUUUUUUCGCCGCACUCGGAUGGACUGGUGGUUGUUUUGCGUCCAGCUGCCUAGAGGAUAGAUUUUGAAGGUUGUCGCUUUUGGCCCUUGUGAUCUAUUCGUCACGUAUAUGAGUCACUGAAAUGACAUGGUUUUCCAUCCC